AUGACUGGCAAAGACAAACUGAGGAGUCGCCGUUCACGGGCCUCCAAAGUGGGACUGCAUGUCCACUGUGAGUCCUGCUACAGCCGGCGCUGCAGGGCUCGAGUGGAGGUCUCAGUGUCCUGUGCAGUCAUCUCCUGCCGCCUGCUCUGUGGAGCUUCCUUCCACCUGUGCAAAGAGGAGGAACACUUACUGCUCUGUCCCAAUGUGAGGGUGCCCUGCCUUAAUGCAGAGUACGGCUGCCCGCUCCACAUGACUCGCUCGUGGCAGGCGGCACAUCUUCAGGUCUGUCCAGCAAGUGUGGUGAGCUGCUCCAUGGAAUGGAACCGCUGGCCGGCCGACGACGCCCAUAGUCACCCAAACAUAGAGCUGCAUGAAAACCUGCUGAAGGAGAGGGAGUCUGGGGGGUGUCUGGACCUGGCCCUGGCCCUGAAAGACCAAGACCACUUGUUCCACUCCCUAAAGAUGAAGAAACUCUUCCCUGAGCUGAUCAAGGGUGUGGAGGAGGAGGAGAGGGAGGCAAAGAGGAGGAAGGAGGAGAGGAAGAAGGAAAAAGAGGAGCAAAAAAGGGCUGCUUUAGAGAAGGAAGCGGAACAGAAGGCAGCUCCUGAGGAAGCGUGUAACACCUGGGUAUCUGCAAACCCGUAUGCCAUCCACACCACUGAUGAACAAGAGGAUGAGAUGGAAGUAGAGCCCGAGCGGGAGCUCACCCAAGAGGAGAGGGAGGCUAUUGCCUUUUCCUCAGAUCUGAACCCUGAGCUGCUGGAGAGCUACAGUGCUUAUGAGCGCAUGUUCAGUAUGGAGAUGGGUGGCUGCAGGACAGCUGGUCUGGCAGCUGCAGCAGGCAGAAAAGGGCAAGGGAUGGCUAAAGGGAAAGGGCUGGCCACUCUUAAGGAAGAGGAUAAAGAGACACCAGAUGAUGGUAUGAGUGCUGCAGCAUCAAACACAUGCAUGGAUCCCUGCAGGCAGAACAAGAACAAAUGUGCUUUCCCUUCCACAUCUUCCCUCUCCUGUCCCAAAGACAGCAAAAUGAAAUUUGUUUAUGGAUAUGUGGAGCCAAUGAAAAUUAUUACAGUGCGUACAUUUAAAAUCCCAACCAGCUUCUCAGCCAGGCAGAGUCGCAUCCGCAACCCUAGUUUCUAUAAGAGAGAGACCCGUGCUGUGGAUACCAGCGACCUUGGGGUGACGCUAGAGGAAAUGCCUGUAUGGGAGGAGAUCCAGGCGACGCUGAUGUGCUCCCUGGAGAAGGAGCAGAGGGGCCAUCUUAUUGCCGAAGCUACAAGCACUGAUGCUCUGCUCCAAGAUGAAGGAACACAGACCUACAACUUCCUGUCUGCUCCGUUUCGGGGAGACAGCUGCCUGGCCGACCUGACUGUGGGCAAACCGCUGGAGCUGCACCUUCAGCUGCAGGUGGAGGGCGUCACCAGCCGACACCACAAAGCCAGCUCCGCCUUCACCUUCCUCUGUGGGCACACCUUCCAUCGCAGAGAAUAUGGCAGUCACUACAAGAACGUGCACAGUGACAUCCAGAUGUGUGUGAAUGGCUGGUUUGAGCAGAGAUGUCCCCUUGCCUACCUGGGCUGCACCUACAGCCAGAAGAGGUUCCAGCCCUCCACACAAGAGGCCACAGUCAUCUACAAUGAGGAGCUGGGCAGUUUCUGCCUCCGUCCGACCAUCCCUGAUUCUCUGGACCAGGGCUCCCAGCCUCCCAGCAGCUCAGUGGAGGCCUGCAGCAGCCAGAGGAGGAGAGGAGGGAGGGCAGUAGGAGGGGAGGACUCUCUGAGCUCUCUGCCCUAUGAGGUGCUGUGCCACAUGGCCAGUUUCCUGGACAGUCUGUCCCUGUCCCAGCUGGCCCUGGUGUCCCGGCUCAUGAGGGAUGUGUGCUCCUCUCUGCUGCAAGAGAGAGGGAUGGUCACUCUCCGCUGGGAGAGGAAGACCUACUCACAUGGAGGAGCCAAGUGGAGGGUAAAACAGACGGUAUGGCAGUUCAGCACCCUCUUCUCCCCAGUGGACAGGUGGUCCUUCCGAGAUGUGCCGCCCAUGUCUGAGCACCUAAAGGUGUGUCCCUGCUACCAGAGAGAGAACAAAACUGAGCGUAUCCUGCUGCCGCGCAUCUCAGAAAACAUCCACGUCAAUUCAGUUUGCAAAGGCCCGACUCUGGUUGGCUUGUUCCAGAGGAAGAAGAUUAUAAUGUAG